AGGCAACGCUCCUGCACCGCGUACGCACGGUGGCACGGCGUGGUCCAGUCCAGUCCACCUCCCAAGGCGACGCGGGCCAAAGCCAAGGGAUAACCCGAAAAAAUUCCUCCCCCUUCGGACCAAAGCGCGAGAUUUUCUCCAUUUCGUCGCUCCUGGUCGCAGCUGCAGUGACGAGAGCGAGAGUAGAGGGAUCGACAGAAGGAGAGGGGGGAAACAAGUAGAAGGGAGGUUGUGAUAGGUAGGUAGGUGAGUGGAGAUGGAGAGAAAGGUUGUGGUGGCGUGCACGGUGGUCGGCUUCCUCGGCGUCCUCUCGGCGGCGCUCGGCUUCGCGGCGGAGGCCACCCGGGUCAAGGUUUCGGAUGUGCAAACUUCCUCUCCGGGUGAAUGCAUAUACCCAAGAAGCCCAGCCUUAGUGCUGGGGUUGAUAUCUGCCGUCGCUCUUAUGCUUGCCCAGUCUAUUAUAAAUACAGUUGCUGGUUGCAUUUGUUGUAAGAGGCAUCCGGUUCCCUCAGACACUAACUGGAGUGUAGCUCUGAUCUCGUUCAUCAUAUCUUGGUGCACUUUCAUAAUAGCAUUCCUUCUCCUGCUGACUGGAGCUGCACUGAAUGAUCAGAGAGGUGAGGAGAAUAUGUACUUCGGUAGCUUCUGCUAUGUUGUGAAGCCAGGGGUCUUCUCUGGGGGAGCAGUGUUAUCCCUUGCCAGUGUGGCGCUGGCGAUAAUUUACUACGUUGCCCUGUCAUCGUCGAAGAGUCCUCCACCGACGUUCCCCGUUCAGAACCAAGGCAUCGCCAUGGGCCAACCUGUGAUCCCACAACAGAGUAGUGAACCAGUGUUUGUCCAUGAGGACACUUACAAUCGGCAGCAGUUCCCGUGACCAUGAUAUCUUCCAAGGGCAUCUCUGAUAACCUGUGCUCUUAUGUUUGGUUUGUAUAGCUUUUAGGUUAGAAUAAUAGUAGUCACCAUUAUUGUUAGCUAGAUUCAGUUUCUUCUCUCCUUUUCUUUAUCGAGCACUGUUGCGGCAUGCCUAUUUCAUCGCUAUGGAUCUUUGAUUUUAAAUGAACUGGUUAAUGUUGAAGAGAGCUUUAUAUCUA